AUGGGAUCAGUUUUGAAUAACCCUAACUUCAGUUUCUUUUCUGAGAAGAUAAUCGAUAAUGGAGUUACAAGUUCAGUACCAUCUCUAUAUAUUCCUGAUGAGGAAAUAGAUGAGAGUAUUGGUGAAUGGAAUUUUAGUCUAAUUGGUAGAUUAGAUUUUGUUAAAUUGAAAUUUGCUGCUGCUGAAGAAGCUUUGAAGAAACAAUGGAAAUUAACAGGUGAUUAUCAAUUGAUUCCUCUUGGAAAAGGUUUCUUCAUCAUCAAAUUAUCAAAUGAAAAAGAUAUGAAGUAUAUAUGGAAUGGUUGGUGGAAAAUUGAUUCACAGAUCCUUAAACUAAGACUUUGGGAGCCAAAUUUUAAUCCCGCUGCUCAGAAAACUACUACAGCUUUUGUAUGGGUGAACUUUCCAGGAUUGGCAAUUGAAUAUUGGAAAGAAAAGAUUCUAAUGUCCUUGGGUGAUGCUAUUGGAAGAGCUAUAAAAGUAGAUGAAACAAGUCUAAAAAGGGAAGUUGGGUACUAUGCCAGUGUUUUAGUGGAAGUGGAUUUAGCUAACAAGGUUCCUAAUCAUGUUUUAGUCAAAACCAAAUAUGGAAGUUUUGAGCAAGAAGUACAGAUUCCUAAAAUUCCUAGUUUUUGCAGUCAUUGCAAAGUGGUAGGGCAUUUAAUUACUGAAUGCAGAGUGCAUCAAAAAGAACAAAAGCAGCUUGAUAAUGUUGAUGAAGUUCCUAAAGUGCAGAGGAAAAUAUGGAAACUUAAAUAG